CUAAGAAUCAGGACCAGGAUCACACUUUCUUUGCCAAAUAAUGCCUCUGGACUUUUUUUUUUUUUAAAGCUGACUAUGGUUUUACACGUUUUUCUCCUCUCCUGCCCAUGCUAAGUACUAUACUUCUGCCGGACUCGCUCUCAGGCCUAGCUGAGCGCAGGGAAAGGUCUGGGCGAUGGGGAACAGAACCACAUCUGUGCAGAUUCUCGCUCCACACCACGCCGCCCUCUGCGGAUGAGUGGCAGUCACCCCAAAUCUGUGCCAAACCACGGGCGCCCAGGAGGUCCUCCCUCCGCCAGAGAUGCGCGCGCAUCCAAGGCCCCAGCGCACUACCCGGCAAGCUGUGCGCCGGCCUACAACUCCCAUCAGGUUCCUGCAGCGAAGGCGCUACCCCUCGGCUCCCAGCGUAUUGCCGGUUCCCCGUGUCUUCUGUGCUCCCUCUUUCUCUGUAAUAGAACUCUCCUGCGGGAAUCGGGCCAUUUUUUACCCAGUGUUCUUCACCGCAGAAAUCAGAACGCAGCAGCGGAGGCGCUACAACGCCCGAGGGGGCGUGGCUUUGGGAACCGGAAGGAGCUCCUGUUGCCAAGGGAACGCGGCGCGCCUUGGAUUCCUGCUCAACCCCUGAUGCUCCCAUCCGGGCCAAAGCCGCCGGUUCCCCCAACUUGUAGGAGAGGCUGUGCUCGAGACAAGGGAACCUUCCUCCGGGGGCAGAGAGAGGAAGGCUGAGGCUUCUGCCCAAGGAAAGAGUGCGUCCAUUUCUGCCUUUGCCAGCCCCGUGGCCUUUGGAUUGCCUUCAAAGAUCAGUUGCUUUGUAAAUAUUUAAAUCACAUUAUGGGAUUGCUGGACAGACUUUCAGGUUUACUCGGCCUGAAGAAGAAGGAGGUUCAUGUUUUAUGCCUUGGGCUGGAUAAUAGUGGCAAAACGACAAUCAUUAACAAACUUAAACCUUCAAAUGCCCAGUGUCAGGAUAUAGUUCCAACCAUAGGAUUCAGCAUAGAGAAAUUCAAGUCCUCCAGUUUGUCUUUUACAGUGUUUGAUAUGUCAGGGCAAGGAAGGUACAGGAAUCUUUGGGAACACUAUUAUAAAGAUGGACAAGCCAUUAUUUUUGUCAUUGAUAGUAGUGAUAAAUUAAGGAUGGUUGUGGCCAAAGAAGAACUUGAUACUCUUCUAAAUCACCCAGAUAUUAAGCACCGCCGUAUUCCAAUCUUGUUCUUUGCGAAUAAAAUGGAUCUCAGAGACGCAGUGACAUCUGUGAAGGUGUCUCAGUUGCUGUGCUUAGAGAACAUCAAAGACAAGCCGUGGCAUAUUUGUGCAAGUGAUGCCAUCAAAGGAGAAGGACUGCAGGAAGGCGUGGACUGGCUUCAAGAUCAGAUCCAAGCUGUGAAGACGUGAAAAGAUAGUCUCUGGAGACCUCACCAGUUUUCAGCUAAAGGUGUCUAUGUAAGGCAUAGUGAAUAAUCUCAAAUUUAUUUGAAAAGAUUUGUGCAACCAAGAAUAUUUUACAUUAUUCUGCUUGGUUUUAUGGACUCUGAAAGAAUUUUUUAAGAAUUUAGGACUUAUGACAUUGUUAAUCUGGCCAUUAACUAUAUGGAAAUUAACAUUACCUCUGAAUGCCUUAGUUACCAGCUUCUUGUAAAGGUCUACAUAUUGUUGUAAUUAGAAUGUGUAAAUACCAGCUAUAAGCCAUCUCAAUAUCCUAUCAUGAUUUAUGAUAUCUUUAAUGUAUUUUUAGUUUUAAUUGUCUUCUAAAAGUUCACUUUAUUGUAUGACUUUAAAGCUCAAAUUGUGUUAGCGAAACAGCUUUAAAGAGUUAUAAAAGAUCACAGGUAAUUGGUAUAUAUGUAAUUUUUAUUGUGGCACUAUCAAAAAAAAAUAAAAUAUACCAACUAGA